GUAAAGUUUAGAACGUAUCAUUGGCAUCUUGUAUACUUCGUUCACUAGGAUUAAUUAUUGACCGAAGGAAAUAUGAAAUUUUCAAGUUUAUUGCUGGUUGCAUUUUUACUUCACAGUGGAACAACUCAUGAUUGUGUUAUCAUAAACGGAAGUCAUUUCAGAGCAGAUUGUCAUAAUCUAAACUUAACAGAUAUUCCGCAAGAUUUACCUAAAGACAUUGAAUUCUUGGAUCUGAGUGAAAACAACUUGGGAGUUAUUGUAAAUAAAUCAUUUGCAAGAUACAGCCAUUUGAAAACACUCGAGCUUCAAUACAGUAAAAUACACACCGUUCAACCCGAAGGCUUUGAUGAUUUGGAUAACCUGGUAAAUGUAUCGCUAGCUGGAAAUGAACUGAAUAUAUCGACGGAUGGUUUAUUUGUAUUGAAAAGUAUCCGAAAUAUUAUCAACCUCGACUUCAGUUCAAAUACAGAUUCAUCGGUUAAAACUGGGUAUCUAUUCUAUCCAGAUACGGCAUUUCAACAGCUCACAAAAUUACGAAACUUGAGUAUUGAUUUGUACGAACACCCAGUGUUUGGACCGGGAUUUAGAUAUUUAAAACUCCAUUCUAUACAAUUCAAACGGUGUAGUAUCAAGGCUUUACGAAAUAAUACUUUUGUUUAUUUUCCGGAUUCAGUAAUAGAGCUCCAUCUGACGGAAUGUAAACUUAUAGAAGAUAAAAAUAUCGAAAUCAAUCUUCUCUAUCCCUUUCCGCAACUGUCUAUAUUAAGUUUAUCCGGAACUUCAAUAUAUCUGACCAAAGGACUAGAAUUGCUAUACCCGUUUAGAAACAAAAGUUUGGAGAUUUUAGAUUUAUCACAUAUGGUAAAGCCACCGAACUACGACAAACAAUCAAGCAUACCAGAUGCCAUCAUAUUAACAACAGAGAAAACGCAGUAUUUGAAAACGAUAUGCGUCAAAACUCUUGCUUUAGCUGACAACAAUAUUGUUGACAUUCUGCCUCAUUCGUUUUUUGAUUCGGAUUGGAAGCAUCUUGACUGUUUGGAACAUAUAGAUUUGUCGGGUAAUCGUUUUGGAUUUUCUUCCUUAGGCUUCCAAAUGAGAAAAACUAGUCCAAAACUUUCGAAUCUAAAAAUAUUUGAUUUUUCAUAUAUUCCUCUUAGAUAUAAAAGCGCAAAUUACCUACCAGUGACUAAAGAUCUCAAAGCAAACCAGUUUCGAUUCAAACACGAAGAUGAAAGUUGUUCCGAUGCAGCUCAUAGUAUUCUGACACUUAAUGUUCCACUUCCGCCACGGUUAGAGUUUGUUCGUAUAACACGUGUUCUUGGUGCACCACCUCUUAUCAAACUGAAUUUACAGAAUACUGCUAGCGUACGAUAUCUUGAUAUGUCCUAUUAUGACGUUAAAUGCUUUCCUGUAAUCUUUAUAAACGAAACAGAAAACAAUCUGGAAUAUCUAGAUCUUUCAGGAAUUGAUUGUGAAUUAUAUUACAAAAACAUUCCUUUCUUUCGUGCACUGAAAACAUUGAUAAUGAGAGGAUCGCAUUUUUAUCGGGCAGUUGAGAACAACAUUAAUUUGUUACUCAAUGCUCCUAACUUAACUAAAUUAGAUUUAAGCUCGAACAGCUUAUUUACGAUUCCGUCAUCGUUUUUAAAGCAUUUGAAAUCUCUCGCGACUUUACGACUGUCACACAACUAUUUAAAUAAUGUUCCGAGUGCAAUUGAAGAUCUUCGAAAUCUAAGGUCCCUCGACUUAACUGGCAACAGAAUUUUUACAGUGUUUCCUAAUUUUACUUCGUGGUUUCAUUCCCAAAGAACCAUAAAUACCACUUUCCAUCUUCAAAUACUUGGAAACGAUUUUUCCUGUUCCUGUGAACACCAAGGGUUUAUUCGAUGGUUAAAUACUACAAAGAUCACUUUAGAUAAAGUCAAAUCUUAUAAAUGCCGGCUGGCUAACGGGUCAAGUACUACCACACAGGUCGUUUUACAUAACUUCCAUUCAUUAUUUACUAACUGUUACGCAACGACGUGGUUGUAUAUAGGAAUAAGUAUAGUUAUAUCUGCCUUCAUAAUUAUUCUUCCAACUGCAGUUAUUUUUAACUUCCGAUGGCGCAUACUAUUUUUCUUAUAUAGAAAGUUUCGCAAAAUUGUAGAAAGCAAUAUGAAUCUAUCGUAUGAAUACGAUGUUUUUGUUUCGUACGGAUACAAUGGUUAUACAUGGGUCCAGGGCACAUUGAUAGAUAAGUUAGAAACUGACUGGAGACUUAAUGUGUGUCUUGAGGAUAGAAAUUUUAUUGGUGGAAAGUCAAACUAUGAACAAAUUGCGCAUGCGAUUUCUAGCAGCCGUCAUAUCAUAUUUGUUGUGACUUCCGAUUUCAUGUCUAAACCAUUUGCUGCUUACGAAAUAGAUCAAGCAAAAGAAGCUAAAUCUUGUCGUACUCUCCAGAAAGUAAUACUUGUUGCACUGGAUAUUUGCAUCCAAGACAUUCCAACAGAUUUAAGGUCAAUAUGGAGUGAUGUGUCAGUAAUUGAAUUGUCGGACAACAAUCGUGAUGACCAAUUGUCUUUAGAGAAUCUAAGAACGAGGCUUCUUUUGAAUUUUUGAAAGUAUAUACAGCAUUAGUUUUUUUUAAACAAAAGUUUCUUCCAUUUGUUUUGUCUCCAUUAA